AUGAAACCCUAAUCAUCACAAACUCUCAGGAGAUAAAAGGAACCAAUUCUGCCAUAUAGUUAUGGACUCACAGUCUAUACAUUGAUUGGAACUCUAUUCUUUUAUGCGAUUAUUUAGACUUUGGCAGAUUUAACUUCAAGGCUGCCAAAAUCUGAGGCAUUUCGCCAAUUUUAUCAGAGGGGGAUAUCAUUUAAUACAACCUACAUUUACCUUGGCUCAAUGGCAUUUUACAUUGGACUUCUCAUUCUUGGAUUUGUUUAUGUAGUCACAGUGAGUUUAGGCUUUGAGAGAUCAAAUAUUUUAAAGGGAAGUGAUGGGACAUACAGUGACAUUAAGCAUUUAAUUAUCUACGGAAUAAUUUACUAUUUCUUAUCAGGAAUCGUGGCCCUAAGAUCUCCAUAUUAACUGUAGAGCUUUUGUGAUUAAUCUCAAUAAAAACCAGAGCACCAUUUGAUGAUGAACAACAUCAAUUAAGACGUUUUAUAGAAUCCAAUGCACAAAAUGUUUGCCUCAGUUCAUGAAAUGGAUUAUCAUUUAUAUGAAACUUCAACUCAAAAAUAAAUAGAGAGUAAAAAGAUCUUGAGUGAACCUUAUGAUGGUGAAUAAGAAGAGGAUUAGAAUGAACUUUGCAAGUUGUAUGAUCUAAAUGAUGUAGUAGAUUAUAACUAUCACGUUUAUACUUUUGGCUUCAUUGCUGGACUUUAAAUCACUCAUUUAUAGUUAAGCUUCCUCAGAGACUUUAAAAUCUCACCCGCAUCAAUGAGAUCUUGGCCCAUAUAUCUCUGGAUUAUUUUUUCAAUUGGAGUACUGUUCUUCGGUCAAAUCUUCUUCUAUUUGUUUCAUUUAUAUGAAUAAAUUGGAUUGCUUGAUUACUACACACGAUGGGCAAUAUUUAUCAUUGGAGUAACUAUCGUGUGCAAUAAGAUUUAUUCAAAGCAAGGCCGAGUCUUGCAUCUUCAUCAUUAUAUCCUAGCUUAAAUCAUGCUGGUAUUCUGCUGCUACUAAAAUCUAUUCGUUUCAUUCAUUCAUGCUUUUGCAUCAGGAGUCAUGACUGAAGGAUUGGCUAGAUGGGGCGCUGGUGAGAUAUGGUAGCUCAAACAAGUAAACUAAACAUAACCAGAAUUAAAGUCAAAUCAUGAGCAGUAUAUGAUAAUUAAUCAAGAUGAAGAUAGGAAAUGUCAAGAAUUGGCUUGA